AGCUACGCGCAGGAAAAGGUUGCGUUUAACUUCCAGCUCGCCAUUUUUGGGUGCCCCCACUCCCAGAAAUAAUCUACAAGCUUUUUGAAAGCAUCUUUGCUGUAACUUUGAGCUUUUUGAACGACAUUCGUCGCGCGUCGCUCUACUCGGGAGGGUAGCAAAUUAGUAAAUUUCGUGAGCAAAGUAAGAAAAAAAAACCGGCAAAAUGGACGCGAUCAAGAAGAAGAUGCAAGCGAUGAAGCUUGAGAAGGACAAUGCACAGGACAAAGCUGAUACCUGUGAAGGACAGGCCAAGGAGGCGAAUCUUCGUGCGGAUAAAGUUAUGGAAGAAGUCAACGAGCUGCAAAAAAAAUUACAGCAAGUUGAGUCCGACUUGACAACAAACAAACAGAAUUUGGAGCGGGGAAACAAAGAUCUUGAAGAAAAAGAAAAGGCGCUGACCAAUGCGGAAGCUGAAGUCGCGGCUUUGAACAGAAAAGUACAACUGAUCGAAGAAGAUUUGGAACGUUCUGAAGAACGUCUCAAUACAGCAUCCGCUAAAUUAACAGAAGCAUCUCAAGCUGCUGAUGAAUCUAGUCGUAUGUGCAAAGUAUUGGAAAAUCGUUCGCAACAAGACGAAGAACGAAUGGAUCAAUUGACAAACCAAUUAAAGGAAGCGCGUUUACUUGCUGAAGAUGCUGAUGGUAAAUCCGACGAAGUUUCCCGUAAAUUGGCGUUCGUUGAAGACGAACUUGAAGUUGCUGAAGAUCGUGUAAAAUCUGGUGAAGCCAAAAUUAUGGAGUUGGAAGAAGAACUCAAAGUUGUCGGUAACAGUUUGAAGUCACUUGAGGUCUCAGAAGAAAAGGCUAAUCAAAGAGUUGAAGAAUUCAAACGUCAACUUAAAACUUUGACUGUAAAACUAAAGGAAGCUGAAGCACGUGCUGAGUUUGCUGAGAAGACUGUGAAGAAGUUACAGAAAGAAGUCGACAGGCUCGAAGACGAUUUGAGACACGAAAAGGAUAAGCACAAAGCUAUUGUUGAUGAUUUGGAUUCUACAUACGCUGAGCUUACUGCCUACUAAAACAUUUACAAGCACAUACAUUUUAAAUACUUAACAAGCUUCAUAGUUAUUUAUUAUUUUACAGCUUUCGAUAAAUUAUUAUCUUUUAAAUAAAAUUUAUUUUUGGUGUGCAUUGAAAAAAAGUUAUUAGUUGAUAAUAAAAUAUUUUAUAAAUUUCACACAAACUAUUUUACACUAACGCAGAAAAGGCUUGAGCUUCGCGUCAAAAAUAUAAUUUCAGACGAACUUGGAAUCAACAAGGACAGAUACAAGUCAUUGGCCGACGAAAUGGACUCGACAUUUGCCGAAUUGGCUGGAUAUUAAUAAGAAAAAUAAAAAACAAGAGAGCGGAAAUCAUGAAUUUUUAUUUUUUAUCAUUUUGGAGCAAAAUUAAACCGGAAGAUGUCAAACAAUUAAGUUAUGGACAUCAGAAAAUGAUAAUUAAAUUUUAUUAAAUCUGUUUAUUUAUUGACUAUUAUAAAUAAUUAUUAAUUAAUAAAAUUAUUAUUAUUAAUCACUGUA